CCCCAUUCAUCAAAAGGCCCAAGAAAAAAAACUACAGUUCGAAACCCAAAUCCUUACCCAAACAUUCACUCUUUUAAAUACCUAACCCUAAAAAAGCCCUACCCUUCUUCAAUAUUCUUCCGCCUCCUUCAGUGAGAGUGAGAGAGAGAGACUACGAAGAGAGAUGGUUUCAGGUUCAGGGAUUUGCGCAAAAAGAGUGGUGGUAGAUGCGAGGCACCACAUGCUGGGCCGCCUGGCCUCCAUUUUGGCUAAAGAGCUAUUGAACGGCCAGAAGGUGGUGGUUGUCAGAUGCGAGGAAAUCUGCCUUUCCGGUGGGCUUGUACGCCAGAAGAUGAAGUACCUGAGGUUCCUUCGCAAGAGGAUGAACACUAAGCCUUCUCAUGGACCCAUCCACUUCCGGGCUCCCUCAAAGAUCUUGUGGAGAACCAUUCGUGGAAUGAUUCCUCACAAGACCAAGCGUGGAGAAGCUGCACUUGCUCGGUUGAAGGUGUAUGAAGGUAUACCACCCCCCUAUGAUAAGGUUAAGAGGAUGGUCAUCCCCGAGGCUCUCAAGGUGCUGAGGCUUCAGGCUGGCCACAAAUACUGCCUGUUAGGCAGACUCUCAUCAGAGGUCGGAUGGAAUAAUUAUGAUAUUAUCAGGGAGCUUGAGAAGAAGAGGAAAGACAGAGCUCAGGCACACUAUGAGAGGAAGAAGCAAUUGACCAAACUGAGAGUUAAGGCUGAGAAAGUUGCUGAGGAGAAGUUGGGCUCACAGCUUGACAUUAUUGCUCCUAUAAAGUAUUAAAUAGCAGCAACUUAGGUAGUAUGUCAAGCUACAUGUUUUUUGGCACAAUGUUAUGCCUGUUUUGGAUUUGAUUAUGUUGCAAUACGUUAAGUGUCCAUUUGCUAUCCAGGUAAUGGCCCUACCAGAGAUUUUCUUGCCUUAUCUUCUGCUAUCUUGAUGAAAUUUUUAUGCCUUGGUUUUGAAUUAUGCACAUUGUUAAUUUUGUGAGUGUUUAAUACUCCUUUGCAUUAACUUGUGUUUUAUAUGUGAGUUUGAGAUGUGGUUUUGAAUUAACUUGUUA